AUGGCGCUCCCUCAAAAGAUCCUUAUCGUGGGUGGAGGUGUAUUUGGCUUGUCGACCGCCCUAUCGUUGUCGCAACGAUUCCAAGACUGUCAAAUAACCCUGCUGGAACAAUCCCCUACGAUUCCUAACCCGCAUGGCUCCUCCGUCGACAGUUCACGAAUCAUCCGCGCCGAUUAUUCACACCCCGUCUACGCGAAACUCGCUGCUGCCGCCAUUGACCACUGGCGCAACACCGAAUGGGGAAAGGAAGGUCGCUACACGCAGAACGGUCUGAUGCUCGUCUGGACGCCUGGCAGUGAGAAGGCGAAAAACUAUGCGACCAAGAGCUACUACAAUGUCAAGCAGUUGGAGGGCGACAAGGUCGAACUACUCCCGUCGGCAGCUGAUGUGAUGCGGAUCGUGCCAGAAUAUGGCAAGGAGUUGAAUGUAGCGGGGGGAUACAUCAACUGGGGCUCGGGCUGGGCAGACGCCGCAGCAGGCGUGCGAUUCGCAAAGAAGCUUCUGGACGAACAGGGAAAGGUGGUCUUCAAAACCGGCGAGGUCGACAGGCUCCUGCUUGCCGAUAGCCAGAGCGCCACCUCCCAGCGCAGAGUCACCGGUGUCGUCUUGACGGACGGCACAACACUCACGGCCGAUCUUGUCGUCCUCGCCACAGGCGCCUGGACAGGUAAGCUUGUCGACCUCCGCGGCAGGGCCAUCUCAACCGGCCAAGCACUGGCAUACCUGCGCAUCUCAGACGAGGAACAGCGCCGACUAGAGAACAUCCCCACCGUCCUCAAUUUCGCCAACGGCAUCUUCAUAAUCCCGCCUCGAAAUAACCUCCUCAAGAUCGCCCGCCACGCCUACGGCUACCAGAACCCCAAGGCGGUCCCCAUCCCCGGCGGCAACGGCGUCACUAUGCAAGUCAGUCUGCCGGAGAACGGCGUCCCGGUCCCUCUGGAGGGCCAGGAAGCCUUCAGAACAGCGCUCAAGGAGCUACUUCCCAGCUUCGCGGAGCGUGAGUUCGUCACAACCCGCGUGUGCUGGUACACCGACACACCCACCGGCGACUUCAUCGUCGACUACCAUCCCGACUACGCAGGCUUGUUCCUCGCAACUGGCGGCAGCGGUCACGCAUACAAGUUCUUCCCUGUUCUGGGCGACAAAGUCGUUGACGCGAUCGAAGGAAAGCUCGAGCCUGAGCUGCGCAAUCUGUGGAAGUGGCCGGUCAAGGUCGACCAGAGCGCGUUCGAAGGCGACGGGAGCAGAUCCGGGGAGCAGGGGCUCCUCCUGAUGGAGCAGUUGGCUAAGAGUACGAAAGCUCCCAGGAAGAGUGUUUUAUGA